CUCAGCCGCUCCUUCGCCGAGAUCUCGGCAGCCGUUUGGAUGCCCAGCUCCCGCUCUUGCCCCCUUCAAGACCAGCGCUUUGACUGGCUUUCGCCCUCCUCCAGACAAGCCACAGGCAAUCUCGGCUUGCCUCUAUACCCCCACAACUUCUCUCCUCCUCCUCUGACAAUGACUGAUCGCGAGUCCGUCGCCGAAACCAUCGCCCUGGUGCUGGACCUCUAUGUCUUCAGCAGCUUUGUUACCCUGCCUGAGCUGCUCAAGAUCAUCAUGCUCAAUCGAAGCUUUCGCCAUCGCUACGAAACCAACCGGCCGUGCUGGCGACAUCUCCUGACCUGCCUGACGCAAGUCCACACAGAAGGACCUUCGAUCGAUACGGCUAUCGAGUUGGAUCUCCGGCUUGUGGUGCUGGGGGCCGAUUCGUAUCUUCAUAGGGUCGGCCCCGCACCACACAAGACCGAGGCGUACCUGUGGGCCUCGGCUGCCGAGGAUGCCGAUCUGUUCCGAACCGUCAUGGCUGCCGGCGAGCGCCACUCACAGCUGCUCUAUCAGCGAUGGGCGCAAAACGAACCCCAUGGAUAUCUCGCCCGUCGAGUCGAGCGGCUUGUGUGCGGGCCGAACCGGCUGGGAUGCUCCGAGCUUGCGCUGUGCUCGCUCGGACUGACGAGUCUGCCCGAGUCGAUCGGCGUCAUGGCUGCGAUGCAGACCAUCAUGCUCUAUGGGAACAGGCUCCGGGAGCUCCCACAGUCGAUCGGAGCCCUCCGGCAUCUCUCGGCGCUGCUGGUGGGAUGCAAUCAGCUCGAGAGCAUCCCCGAAUGCAUCGGCCACCUGGCCGUGCUGACGACCCUGGAUCUCUCCAGCAACCAGCUGCAAGCCUUGCCCGACUCCAUCGUGCGGCUGCGCCGGCUGACGAAUCUCAUCGUCUCGGGCAACCAACUCAAGCGACUACCGGAGCAGAUCGGCCAGCUCGCGAGCCUGCAGAUCCUGCGAGUCGACUACAACUGCCUCGAGAAUCUACCUGAUUCGCUGGGGCAGCUCUCGCGGCUCACAGACCUCUUUGUGGACAACAACCGGCUCUCGGCCCUUCCCGACACCGUCGGGGAGCUGCGGCAGCUCCGUCGGCUGGGUGCUGCGGGCAACCAACUGGCGAUGCUGCCCGAGUCGCUGGGUGGGCUGGUGGGUCUGGAGCUGCUGGACAUUACCGGCAACCAACUGGCGUCCCUGCCAAAGCCGAUGGAUGCCCUGACGGCGACCGUUGUCCUGGGCAUGGACGACCAGUUGCUGGAGCGAGACCCCAUCGACAUUCUGCGCGGCUUCUGCGAGCGGAUCGGUGUGGGCAUGAGCAAUCGAGCCCGGUCGCUGUUUGCAUUUGCGCGACAUGGGCCAUGAGGCGGCCUCGUCAUUCUCCACCGAGGCAUGUCGAGGCGCUGCGAGUGGCUGUUCUUGUUUGUCUUCACGAUCCGAUAAUACAAAGUGUGCAGCAGCAGCAGCAGUAGCGAUUGCCUCGGCUAUACAUCGACUGGUUGGUGCCGAGCCUGCACCAGACCGCCGUUGCCGACCACGCCAACGGGAUCCUAUUGUUCG